AUGGAGAAAAGAGGAAUAACAUUGUCAAGAAAGUUAAGAAGCAAGGUGGGUAAAGGAGAUAAAACAAGUUUCUGGACAGAUGUAUGGCUAGGCGAAACAACACUACGGGAGCAGUAUCCUUUGAUUUAUCAGCUCGUGAAGGAGAAAAAAGCAAAAAUACAGAACUACUACAAGUUAUCACGUAAUGGCAGAAUAUGGGACUGGGCUUGGAAGCGAGUACCAUGUACGGAUGAGGAAAGGCAACAAAUGGAAGAUCUAAAAGAAAGAUUAAUGCAGUUUCAACUAUCGGAUGAUCCAGAUGUAUGGAUGUGGGGUAACGAGGGAGACCAAAAUUUUACGGUAAAAAGCGUGAGAAACUCUCUAGCAAACCAAUUGAAUAUAAAUGAAGUUGCGGAAGACUUCCAAUGGAAUAAGUGGGCUGCAAAUAAGUGCUGUUUGUUUGUCUGGAGGGCACUACAGGGUCGGAUCCCCACGGCAACACAGUUAAGGGGGAGAGGCGUUCAAAUCCCAUCUGUCAUUUGUAAGUUAUGUGGCCGAGCAGAUGAAACGCCAAAUCAUCUACUUGUGUCGUGUUGUCAUGCAAACUCGGUUUGGGAACAGAUUCGGAGCUGGGUAAAGAUCACAGGAACAAGGAAACCUGAAACGCUGAAGGAAGUAAUUGAAGACAUAAACGUCUGCCAGUGGCCGAAGGUUAAGAAGAAAGCAGUUCACGCAAUAGUUAUGUUAACAGCUUGGGUGAUUUGGAAGAAUCGAAAUGCAAAGAUCUUUAAAGAUAGGUGUGAUGCAGUCUACAAACUAAUUGAAGAAAUAAAGGGAGAGUCGUACCAAUGGAUGAGACAGAGAACGAAGGUGCAAAUUGAAUCGUGGGAAGAGUGGAAGCUUUUUACAUGGUGUAAAUAA